AUGGUUUCUAAAACACCCAUGACAGAUGAUAACAAACCAAAGGGAAUUCCAAUUCGAGUACCUGGAUCUUCAAGUGGACCAGUCGUUCAGAUUCCGGUAAAAUCAAAAAACAUCUACAAGUCUAAUCCAAGUGUUUCUUCACCAUAUUUCCGUAAUAACACUGAAGGACGGGCUGCCAAAGCAUCCACAUUGAAACCAGCUAUAGGAAUAAAACAAUCGCCGGAGUUUCGUUUCUCAGAAAAAACUCGUGCGCAUAGAAUACUCGGCCAAUUUACAUCUCAAUAUAAAGACAUGCAACUAUCCGCACCUAAUCACACCACAUCUACAUCUAGGGGAUCAAUCGUGUCAUUUGGUAAACAUCAAUCUGAAUCGCGUAAACCUAAUCAAACCUUUGUUACAAUCGAUCCUCUACAAGACGAUAUUAUUGCCGAGUCUUCUCCAAACGACUCAUGCUAUGAGCUGGAUGUAUAUGAUUCAAAAUAUAAAUCAAAACAACUUCAAAUGGACACAUCCAAACCUACUGUUGCCAACAGUGCUCAUCGGGCUGUUCAUACAGAUUCUACCAGAGUGGUUGUGGAAAAUGGAAUGAUUUGUUUGUCUCAAUCAUUGGAUUCCGACAUGGACAGUCGACUAAAAACUACGCGAAAGCAAGAUAAUAGUUUGGCAUAUGUUUCCAUAAACAAUACCAACUGUGCUAAAAGAUUAAAAGAAAGUGUCGUUGCUAGUCUCAAGCCAAAACCUGGUACUUCUACUACUGGCAUUGAGUCGGCUUGUUUGGGACAAAAGCUGAGCGUGUCCAUUCGAAAAAACCAGAUAUUUAAGCGCGGAGUUCAAGAAUCUUGUUGGACCAAUGUCAGGCUAUGCAUUGAUUUGAAUGAAGAUUCCGUCAGUCUAAAAUCCAAAGGCAAUAUUUUCAUGUCUUUUUCUAGAAGCAAUAUCGAAAGUUUUCAAUGGGGAAUCAUAAAAUCACGGUUUUUUCUAUCCUUGUCUGCUCGAAUCAUGAUCAACAGCAAUUAUAUCCAGUUUCAUUUCGAAGUUGCUGAAAACAAAUCAAGCUUCCAAUUAUUUAUCAAUUCGGUCAAAAAAUACUAUUUUAAAGAGUUUAAAGAAAUGUCGCCAACAAGCCUUCAGGUAGCAGCCUGUUUAAUACUAGGCGGAGAAGUCAAUCAAUCGUUAGACUCGCAAGAGACCCUCAUGACCCAGAGUACGGCUUUAACCCUAACGAAUGACAUGAAUUCACAAACGAUCCGACCAGAGUUAUCUGAUACAGGCAUAUUAAAACGAUUAUCUAAUAGCGCUUUACCUAAUCUUUUUUCACUCAGUCCCAAACCAACGAGCACGUUUAAUUCGGUACCAACUGAUAACAACACGGAUUCAAAAACCGCUGUUGCUCAAAAUGAUUGGCAUACCUCCAAGACUGUUGAGCGAGAUGAAGGCACAGAGCUUUUUGUAUAUCCAUUCGAAGAACACUUUACUGUAUCCAUCAAAGACACGGACCAUGAUCGGUUAAAAGAAGGAGUGUUUUUAAAUGAUAGCGUCAUUGAAUUUUAUCUAAAAUACCUUCAACAACAGCCCAAUUCAGGUCUUGAUCCUAAACAUGUUCAUAUUUAUAGCACAUUUUUCUACCAGACGCUUACCCAUAGCGUGGCGAGCAGUAGCCGAUUAAGCCGCGAUACGGCACUAGAUAUAGGCUAUGAUCGUGUCAAGUCUUGGACGUCAAAAACAAAUAUUUUUGAAAAAAAGUUUUUAGUUAUACCCAUCAAUGAAGCAUAUCAUUGGUAUCUUGCUAUUGUAUAUAAUCCUGGAGCGUUACUCUGUCCACAGAAACCACUACCACGACCAACUGUAUUGCAUAAAUCUGGUCAAGCUCUUUCAAAAUCUCGAAAUUUGUAUGAAGCAUCAAACCGUCCACCGCAAGUGCUGCGCCGAUCGACGAUCGAGUCUAAAGAAAUUGACGCACAUGAUUUUUUUGACAUGACUACAAAGAGCUCAAGAAAGUCACCACGUCAAGUAUCUCCAAUGAAAUUACUUACUAGGCAAGAGAAGAAUCAAGUGAUUGUAUUAGAUGAAGAAACUAGACAUAUUGUCCCACACAGCUUACAGCACACUCGAAUGAAGGUCGACAACGAUGAGGACUCUGUUGUACGCGAUACCACUGGUAAAAAUGAAUCGAGGGACGCAGUUGAGAUCUGUUUGGGGCAUGAUAUAGACAAUGCUCAGAGUUCACCGUCACAUACUAUGGAAACAUCUACGCUUUUAUCAUUGAAAAAACCCAACAGUAGAUCUGUUUUGUCUGCAGCGAUGCUGGCCGAGUAUGCAGAACCCCAAGCGGCUAUAGCAGAAGACUGUUUAUACUCUGACUCGAUGCAUCAGGAAAGCCAUCAGCAAAAAGGGAUUGCCUCUAGUAUACCACACGAAGUCUCUAGUGAUGAUUCUGAUGAGCCUGUGCUUCAAACUUCCGUUAUACUGAAACGAAAAAUUGCCAGCCCUGUGCGUCCUUUAGAAGUACAGGCAGAAAAAUUAGACGGGCCGUUGGCUCAAUGUCAUAUCAUAGUGAUGAACUCGUUAGGGGGUUCACAUCCAGUCACCAUGUCCUCAAUCAAGAGAUACUUGAUUCUUGAAGCCAAGUCGCGGCAUGGUGUAGAUGUGUCUCGCGAUGCCAUUCGUGGGAUCAAUGCUCGUGUGCCUGAACAGCCCAACUUUUGCGACUGCGGUGUCUACGUUCUUGAAUAUGUACAACGAUUUUUUGAAAACUCGGAUCGAAUGUUGGAUUUAAUUCUAAGCAAGACUCAUGAGAGUAGGGAAGAAACACGCAAGUGGUUUACAAUCAAGGAUAUACAGACGAAACGGAUAGAUAUUUCAAAGAUCAUUGGGUCAUUGGCUGAAGAGUAUGGUAAGACGGACAUGGCAAUCAAAAGAAAAGCAUCCCGGGCAGCACAACAACGGACGAGCGGAGUAAAGAGUGCGAUGGGUGAUGGAUAUGCUCUAGGUGGUUCGGAAAGCGUUCAUCUUGAUGAGGACGAUGAUGUAUUGAUUGUAGACGGACCCUCUUGCACGAAUAAAUAA